CUUAUCUCUCUCCGCGCUGUUAUCAUAUUUGAAAUAAUUAUCAGUUUUUAAAAAGGUGUUGAAACGUCUUCAAUAAAGGCAUCAAAAUUAUAUCUCACCGACACUAGUUAGCUGAAACAUAAUAACUACGCGUCUCCUACCGCCUUCUAAUCAGUUUAUCAUUAGUCUUUGAAGUGAUAGCAUCAUGGCUGCAUCAGAUAUUCUGAAGUAUUUGUGCUACCAAAUAUGUGCCCUACUCGGCGUUCUGAAAAAAUCUUAUACUGAAGAAACCGCGAUGGAAGGACUUCGGCAGUGUACGAAAGCUGUGCGAAAUAUAAAAGAUCAGUUGAAAACUGUCAAGACAGUCGGUGAAAAACAGCAUCUAUUGACACAGCUGGCCCAAAUAAAAUCCUUUAGAUGCCAGUUUAAGUCCAUAAAGAAGAUGGGUUUAGGACAUAACCCCAGCCGCAAACAAACAUCGCGGGAUCGCGUCCAUUGGGAUGAUUCGGCUAAUGCUUUCGAUAGCCGUAUCCGCACAGGCGUAAUAAGCAAUUUAAAACACAAGGACCCCAAGGAGUUCCUCAAGGACAGCUUCGCACUCUUCAAGCGACGCAUUGCUAACGCGUUGAAGAAGGAAGAGGCAGUGAAGGUCAACUCGGUGUUCGGCGGACAGUUUCGGCUUCAGAAAGCCGACAGGAUUCUGGAGGAGCCGAAAUAUUUCACGACUAAGAAUUCACCAAUUUAUCGAGACACCAAUCUGGAGGCAUGGUUUCACGAAAAUGUAGUGAUACCGAUUUCUACGGAGCUCGACGAUUUCCAAGAGCGUGAUAGCGGCUGGGCGUUGAGCUCCAUAACCAACUUGGGAAUCAACAUAAACAAGUUCACACCACAGAUGGGGUCAUCGUACAUCGACUUACCCACAUCAAUUAAGAAGAAACGGGCAUGCGUCAACGCAUGA